AUGAGUCAAGACAUAAUCGAAUUGAAAGCUUUUAAGGAAGAAGCUAUUGCAAGGGAAGAAUGUAAGGCCAUAACCCUCAGAAGUGGAAAGAAGCUAAAGGAGAUCUCAAAGGAAACCACAGAGGAUGAAGCAAAGGAAAAUGUGAGAGACAAGGAACAAGGACAAUCUUUUACACCGUCUGCAACAAAAGAAAAAGAAAAAGAGGUCCUGAAGCCUUAUACACCUAAAGCACCAUAUCCUCAACGUUUGAUGAAAAGUGAAAAGGAUGGCCAAUUCUCCAGAUUCUUGGAGAUUUUCAAGAAGCUUCAAAUCAACAUUCCGUUUGCUGAGGCAAUAGAAAAAAUGCCACUCUAUGCAAAAUUCUUAAAGGAAUUAAUGACCAAGAAGAGAAGCUGGAGAAAUGAGGAAACUGUGUUGUUAACUGAAGAAUGCAAAGAGGAUGCUAGACCCUCCAUUCAAGCUCAGAGAAGAUUGAAUCCCGUCAUGAAAGAAGUGGUACAAAAGGAGGUCAUGAAGUUAUGGCAGGCAGGGGUAAUCUACCCCAUUUCUGAUAGCCCAUGGGUUAGUCCCAUCCAUGUAGUUCCCAAGAAAGGUGGCAUAACUGUGGUGCCAAAUGAGAGGAACGAACUCAUACCCACAAGAACUGUUACUGGGUGGAGGAUGUGCAUAGACUACAGGAAGCUCAAUGAAGCCACCAGAAAAGAUCAUUUCCCACUUCCAUUCAUGGAUCAGAUGCUUGAAAGGCUUGCAGGACAUGCUUACUAUUGCUUCCUGGAUGGAUACUCAGGCUAUAAUCAGAUAGUAGUUGAUCCAAGAGAUCAAGAGAAAACAUCAUUUGUUUGUCCAUAUGGAGUGUUUGCGUAUAGACGCAUGCCCUUUGGAUUGUGCAAUGCACCUGCAACUUUCCAAAGGUGCAUGCUGUCCAUCUUUUCGGACAUGAUCGAAAAGUUUAUUGAAGUUUUCAUGGAUGAUUUUUCUGUGUUUGGAAAUUCUUUUCCUAGCUGCCUACACCACCUUGCCUUGGUGCUUAAGAGAUGCCAAGAGACCAACCUAGUAUUAAACUGGGAAAAGUGUCAUUUCAUGGUCACAGAAGGAAUAGUCCUUGGCCACAAAGUCUCCAAUAGAGGCAUUGAGGUGGACAGAGCUAAGGUGGAACUCAUUGAAAAACUACCUCCACCAAGUAAUGUCAAGGCAGUUAGGAGUUUUUUGGGACACGCUGGAUUUUACAGAAGGUUUAUUAGAGACUUUUCUAAAAUAGCCAAACCUUUGAGUAACUUACUUGUCUCUGAUACACCCUUUGUAUUUGAUAAAAAUUGCAUGCUAGCCUAUGAACUUUUGAAGCAAAAACUUUCCUCUGCACCUAUCAUUGCCCCACCUGAUUGGAACCUACCUUUUGAACUGAUGUGUGAUGCAUCAGACCUUGCUAUUGGGGCAGUGUUAGGACAAAGGAAAGACAAUUUGGUACAUGUGAUUUAUUAUGCCAGUAAGGUCUUGAAUGAUAACCAAAGGAAUUACACAACCACCGAAAAAGAACUCUUGGCAAUAGUCUUUGCAUUUGACAAAUUUAGAUCCUAUCUCAUUGGAUCUAAAGUCAUUGUCUUCACUGAUCAUUCAGCUUUAAAAUACUUACUUGCUAAACAAGAAUCCAAACCAAGACUUAUUAGAUGGGUUCUUUUGUUGCAGGAAUUUGAUAUUGAAAUCAAAGACAAGAAGGGUGUAGAGAACAAGGUGGCAGACCAUUUAUCAAGAAUACCAUGUGAAGAAGGAAGCACACAAAGCACACAUAUAAAUGAGUGCUUCCCUGAUGAACAGCUCAUGGUAAUUCACAAAGCACCCUGGUUUGCAGACAUAGCAAACUUCAAAGCCACUGGGAGUUUGCCGUUGGAAUUUAACAAGCAUCAAAAGAAGAAAUUAGUAAAUGAUGCCAAAUACUUCAUCUGGGACGAACCAUACUUGUUCAAAAAAUGUUCAGAUGGCAUACUCAGAAGAUGCAUAUCAGAGGAAGAAGGAACGGAAACAAGUGGUCAAGCCGAAAUAUCUAAUAGGGAACUCAAAAGAAUCCUGGAAAAGACUGUGGGAACUUCAAGGAAGGACUGGUCGAUUAAGCUAGAUGAUGCUCUUUGGGCAUAUAGGACAGCUUUCAAAACACCAAUUGGAAUGUCUCCUUACCAACUAGUAUAUGGAAAAGCUUGCCAUUUGCCACUGGAGUUGGAGCACAAGGCAUUCUGGGCCUUGAAACUCUUGAACUUGGACGGUAAAGCUGCUGGAGAAAGAAGGAUGUUGCAAAUUCAAGAGUUGGAAGAAUUCAGAGCUGAAGCUUAUGAGAAUGCCAAAAUCUACAAAGAAAGAGCAAAGAAGAAGCAUGACAGCAACAUAGCCCCAAGGAAAUUUGAAGAGGGACAAAAAGUAUUGCUCUACAAUUCUAGGCUGAAGCUAUUUCCAGGGAAGCUAAAAUCAAGGUGGUCUGGACCAUUCCUUGUCACCAAGGGACAGGAAUGUCAGGGCGUUAUGCUGUUAGCUGCGAGUGUGUCGAGUGAGGAACAAAGUUUAGAGAAACUUCCAAUUGUUUGUGAAUUUCCUGAAGUGUUUCCAGAUGACAUUGAGGAAUUCCCUCCUAACCGAGAGGUUGAAUUUGUAAUUGAGUUGGUACCGGGAACAGGACCAAUUUUGAUUUCCCCUUACAGAAUGUCGCCUUUAGAAAUGGCCGAACUCAAGGCUCAGUUGGAAGACUUAAUGAGUAAACGCUUUAUCCGCCCUAGUGUUUUUCCGUGGGAAGCACCAGUGCUACUGGUGAAGAAGAAAGAUGGGAGUAUUCGACUCUGUGUAGAUUACAAGCAACUGAAUAAGGUCACAAUAAAGAAUACAUACCCGUUGCCGAGGAUUGACGAUCUCAUGGAUCAGUUACAAGGAGCCGGAGAUUUCUCUGAGAUUGAUUUGCGAUCCGGCUAUCACCAGAUAAGAUCUUUGGAGGAUGAAAAGACUAAGGCUACCGCGGCUGUGGCGGCGGCGAAGGCGUCGGAGGAAACGGCGAGGGUGGCGACGGAGAAUUAUUCUAAGCUGCACGCUGAGCUUCAGGAGACGAAGGAGAAGCUGCAGUCGGCUCGGGAUGAUUACUAUGAGCUGGAGGAUAAUGUGGCCAAGGGUAUGGAUGCUAUGUUUGCAAACUUAAGGGAUCAGGUCCGGGUUCUUGCUCCCGACCUGAAUUUGACCCUAUUCAGCACUGAUAACAUAGUUGUGGAGGGAAAGAUUGUUCCAGCUCCUGCCGAGGAUGAGGUCCCGGCGUCCGAUCCCCAGGCCCCAGUGUCUGAUCCCGAGGUGCUGGUUGAGAACCCGCCCUCACCUUUGGCUGUGGAUAGGUCGGGUGUGGAGGUUUCAAGUCGGGAUGACGGUGCUGUUGAUGCAGUCCCCGUUUCUGUUUUUGAUGCGGAGACCGGCAAGUAUACCCUUGGUCCUUUGUGA